AUGGCUCUCAAACGCUGGCAGUGUCUAGACCGGCGUAUGCAACGAGAUAAGAACUUCGCUGAAACCGUUAUGAAGAAGAUGACCGACUACGCUGCUAAGGGAUACGUCCGAAAGCUGACGGACGCGGAGCUCAACACUCAUCAGCCGCAACAAUGGUACCUACCCGUAUUUCCUGUUGUGAACCCAAACAAACCGAGUAAGGUACGGUUGGUAUGGGACGCUGCUGCUACUGCUCAUGGAGUUUCCCUUAAUUCGUUCCUACACAAAGGCCCAGAUCUGCUGACGUCGCUAUUAGCAGUUCUCGUCCAGUUUCGGGAGUUCCGCAUCGCCGUUUGCGGGGAUAUUCGGGAGAUGUAUCUGCAGGUUCAAUUGAGGCAAGACGUUCGCUUGUGUUUCUUCUGGAAGGAUAAUAUAGAAAGCGCUGAACCCAGCAUCUACACAAUGUUGGUGUUGCCGUUUGGAGUAUCAUGUGCUCCAAGUAUUGCGCAAUACGUCAAAAAUAUCAAUGCCAAGCGAUUCCUGGAAAACCAUCCAACAGCUGUUAGAGCCAUCAUCGACCAGCAUUAUGUAGAUGAUAUGCUCGCAAGCGUGGAAGGCGAACACGAAGCUGUUGAUCUCGCGCUGACUGUGAAGGAAAUUCAUGCUGAAGCCGGCUUCGAAAUGAGAAAUUGGAUCUCAAACUGCCCGACUGUUCUGGAGGCUUUACAUGAAAGAACCACGGAAGAGAAAGAUCUUAGCAUGGCAGAAGGAGUUACAACUGAAAAAGUUCUCGGGAUGUGGUGGAAUACAUCGACUGACUGCUUCACCUUCAAGGUUUCCCCUCGCUAUGAUCCGGAGCUUAUGUCGGGCCAACGGAGACCAACCAAAAGGGAAGUACUUAGGACCUUAAUGAUGAUCUUCGACCCCUUAGGACUCAUCGGCCACUUCUUGAUGUUCUUGAAGGUGGUACUACAAGAAAUUUGGAGAACGGCCAUCGGGUGGGAUGAUCCUAUCGAGGAAAGACAAUUCGAAAUGUGGAUGCAGUGGCUAAAAUUUCUCCCAGAAGUAGCAAAGGUAGAAAUCCUGCGCUGCUACAGGACUACAACCUCAAUUAAAGCCUCCACCGAAGUGCAAUUGCACAUUUUCACCGACGCAAGCGAGAAGGGGUUCGCUGCAGUGGUGUAUCUGCGGUUUAAGGAAGGAUUCAUCAUUGAAACUGCGCUGGUAGGAUCAAAGACGCGUGUUGCACCAAUCAAGUUUCUUUCUAUCCCGCGUUCAGAGCUUCAAGCUUGCGUAAUCGGAGUGAGGUUGGCGAACAGUAUCAAGCAAUCGCUAUCUGUCAAAAUUGAUAGGCGUUUUUUUUGGACUGAUUCGAGCGACGUCAUUAGCUGGCUAAAAUCUGAUCAUCGUAGGUAUAGCCAGUUUGUCGCUUUCCGUGUAAGUGAGAUCCUUGAAGUAUCGGAGGUCAGCGAAUGGCAGUGGAUCCAAACCAAUAAUAAUGUCGCUGAUGAUGGCACCAAAUGGAAACGAGUACCCGAUAUGAGUAAAACUAGUCGAUGGUUCCACGGUCCGGAAUUUCUCAAAUACCCCGAAGAAGAAUGGCCUGUAAAGAUAUAUGCAGAUAACGUCACCACGGAGGAACUACGUCCACAUUUACUGCUGCAUAUUAGAUUACCAGAACCAAUCAUCGACCCUCAAAACUUCUCCAAAUGGACGUCGCUCCUACGUCGGUGCGCAUACGUGUUUCGAUUCAUCGGGAACGUGAAGACAUCCAGCAUUGAAAACAGAACUGUUGGAGCAUUGACAACUCUCGAACUAGUUAAGGCUGAAAACUACUUAUUUCGACUUGCCCAAGGUAGUUCGUACGCAGAUGAGUUGGUAGUACUAUCGAACAUACGGGCGUCUAAAGACUCCACCUUGACGUUACCAAAAAACAGCUCUCUCUAUCACCUUUGUCCGUACCUAGACCAACAUGACGUACUCCGCGUUCGUGGUCGGACUUCGGCUUGCUCCUUUGCUAAUCCAGAUGCAGUGAACCCUAUCAUUCUUCCACGCGAUCAUCACAUAACUCGUAUCACCAACAAAUAUCACCAUCAAAAUCACAAUACAGUUAUCAAUGAGCUGCGUCAGCGAUACAGUAUUCCUCGUUUGAAGACGGCCUGUAACGAGACUUGUCGAUGCUGUCAGCAGUGCAAAAACGACCGUGCACAACCACAACCACCAGUUAUGAGCGACCUACCAUUACCUCGCCUAGCUGCUUUCGCACACCCGUUCACUUAUAUGGACUACUUUGGACCAAUUAUAGUUAUCCUUGGACGUCGUCAAGAGAAGCGUUGGGUACUUCUCGCCACAUGCUUAACCACUCGCACCAUCCACUUGCAACUAGUUCACAAGAUGACUACCGACUCGUGCAUUCUGGCACUAUGA